AAUAGAACACCACAAAAUAAGCCAGCAGAUUGGCCCCCAGUUAGUACAGACUUUGAGGACUGAGUUAGUGCACAGAGGUCCUUUCAAACCAGGAUUGGAUUGUUCUUACCCAAAAGACAUGUCUAGAAGAAGUUACCAUUCAGGCUUAUUACAGAAACAGACUCUUUUAAAAAGGGAGGAGGAUUGUAGUGAGAGCACCGCAGUUUCAGGUGCAGCAAUGGCAAAUUGUUUACAUGGCUCAAGAGUCAGGUAGGAGGGCCCCAUAUGUUGCUUAGGGCCCCAGGGCGGUCAGGACCAGCUCUGCAAGUCAUCAUUUCCAGGAAGUGUAAAUUUCGUUUUUAGAAAAAAACCACACCAACCUGCAAAUAGCUUUUUAAGCCUCCUACAACAACAGUUGCUCCGUGGAGCGAUUCAUGUUUGCACUUAUUUUGAAGGCUUAACCGCCUCAUUUCCUGCUCCACAGCGGGCGGUUUUACGCAGCAGCAGCCGCGUGGAUCAAUUGGACUUUGAGGUCGAAACGAAGGAAAGUUAAAAAGACAGGAGCAUUAAAGUUUCCCCAUCACGAGGGACUGUUUAUACUGCCGGAGAAAUGACUGAGCUGUAUGUCUCCUUGUCGGUGUUGGGCGCUGCGGUUCUCCUCAGCGAGGCGACCCGCCGGACAGCAGCGCGUCUUUCCCCCGGAGCUUAUUGGAUUUACCUGCUGGAAGCUGCAUCCACCUUCCAGCUCUGCUGCUGCACUCAUGAACUCAAGCUGCUGGGCGAAACGGCCCGACUGGGGCUGCCCGUGAGCCUGACCCUCACCUACACCAUGACGGUUAUCAACAUAAUAACUUUCCGAGGAGCGACGUGUAACCCCAGCGGCGCUCUGGAGGGGGUUUGCCGCGGGACCAGCAGCGUCCGGGCAGCCGUCGUCCUAAUAGCCUGCCAGUUCGGCGCUGCGGUCGCCGCGCAGUUUUUCGCCACCUCCGUAUGGUCGCUGGGACUUUCCGACGUCCACAGCAGGCACCAGAGGUUCGGGUUCAGAUGCUUCGACCCCCUCGGUGGGACUCUGCUGGAGGCAGCGGUCGUGGAGCUGGGCUGCGCUUUCGUGGUCCAAGCUGCCGCCAUGCACGUCCACAAACUGGACGAAAAACUUCGUGCUCACUUCAUCGCUGCGGUGAUCACUGCAGUGAUUUAUGCAGGUCCUUAG